UGCCGACGCUGCUGGGAGCCCAGCGGGUCCCACUGCGGUUCGGGCUGAAGUGGCACCCCUCUCCCGUCAACCUCUCCUCCCUGGGUCCCUACCCUCUGACGAUCGCCCUUUACCUUUACCCUCAUCCAUCUCCCCUCCUACCCCUUGCACCAGUGCCCCCAGUAUCUGAAAAUCUUUGCCCCCGGCGCCCCCGGUAUUGCUCCCUCGCCGCUGCAAAGCCCGCGACCUCCCGCAGCCCGCCCCCGCGGGCCCAAGCCUGUCUGGCGGCCCCCGCGGCAGCCUCCUCAGCCUUCCCGCUUCCCCAGGGAUCGCCCCACGCUACCCGGCGUGUCCGCCCUCGGGCUUCCCCGCCCCCUCGGAGCCCCCUCCCUCGCCCUGGCCAGCCGGCAUGCAGGUGUCUAUCGCGUGUACCGAGCAGAACCUUCGCAGCCGGAGCAGUGAGGACCGUCUGUGCGGACCCCGGCCCGGCCCCGGGGGCGGUAAUGGCGGGCCAGCCGGCGCGGGGCACGGGAACCCCCCGGGGGGUGGAGGGCCGGGCCCCAAGGCCCGAGCCGCGCUGGUCCCCCGACCCCCGGUGCCUGCUGGGGCCCUCCGAGAGAGCACAGGCCGAGGCACUGGCAUGAAAUACAGGAACCUAGGAAAGUCUGGUCUUCGGGUGUCCUGUCUUGGCCUGGGUACCUGGGUCACAUUUGGUUCUCAGAUCUCAGAUGAGACAGCAGAGGAUGUGCUGACAGUAGCCUAUGAGCACGGUAUAAACCUGUUUGACACCGCCGAAGUGUAUGCAGCAGGAAAGGCUGAAAGGACCCUAGGCGACAUCCUCAAGCGCAAAGGUUGGAGGAGAUCAAGCUAUGUUAUCACCACCAAGAUUUUUUGGGGAGGACAGGCAGAAACUGAGCGAGGCUUAAGUCGCAAACACAUCAUUGAAGGCUUGCGAGGAUCCUUGGAGCGCCUCCAGCUGGGAUACGUGGACAUAGUCUUUGCCAAUCGCUCAGACCCUAACAGUCCUAUGGAGGAGAUUGUGCGAGCCAUGACCUAUGUCAUCAACCAGGGCCUGGCCCUAUACUGGGGGACUUCCCGAUGGGGGGCUGCAGAAAUCAUGGAGGCCUACUCCAUGGCUAGACAGUUCAAUCUAAUUCCUCCUGUGUGUGAACAAGCAGAACACCACCUCUUUCAGAGGGAGAAGGUGGAGAUGCAGCUGCCUGAACUCUACCACAAAAUUGGAGUCGGCUCAGUCACCUGGUCUCCUCUGGCCUGUGGACUCAUUACCAGCAAGUAUGAUGGGCGUGUCCCAGAUACCUGCAGGGCUACCAUCAAGGGCUACCAGUGGCUCAAGGAUAAAGUGCAGAGUGAGGAUGGCAAGAAGCAACAAGCCAAAGUCGUGGAUCUUCUCCCCAUCGCCCAGCAGCUAGGCUGCACUGUAGCCCAGCUUGCUAUUGCCUGGUGUCUCCGCAGUGAGGGCGUCAGCUCGGUCUUGCUAGGGGUGUCAAGUGCAGAGCAACUGAUGGAACACCUGGGUGCCCUACAGGUAUUGAGCCAGCUGACACCGCAGACGGUGAUGGAGAUAGAUGGGCUGCUGGGGAACAAAUCGCAUUCCAAGAAAUAGUCCGUCGGAGGGGGCAGAAACCCAGUCCAAACCGCUGCACCCGCCAGAGAACUCCCGCCCCGGAUCCUUCCACGCAGCGGCCCGAGCCAGGGUGGCGCCGCCCACUAACGAGUCCCGGCUUCGAUAGCGCUGCGCAUGAACAAAGCCAUAUCCUUCCGCAGUGGGGCUUCAGAGAGAAAGUAGUCCACCCGCCUCCUACUGCGUCCUUGUAGGCCUUCUUGCUAUCCCUGGGCAUGAGCUAUGGGCCGUCCCCUCUCUGCCUUUUGGUCUCGCUCCUUGCUCUCUUCUUCCUAUUGCCGAGGCCCAGAAAAAUACCGACAGAUACAGCAUAAGAAAAUGCAAACUAAAAAAUGGCCCUUGAACUGUCAUGGGAGAAGAACCUAAUAAGUGAGUUGUGAUGUCAUCUGGGACACAGGACAUGGGUCUUCACAUUAUUGGAUACAAAGGAAGCCAGGCUGGUCCUGGCAAGAAGUAAAUGAUAAUUUUUGAGAAACUAGAUCCUUGUGUCCCAACCUGAGGUAGGAGAAGAUUUAAAUCUAGAACUAGUUUAAUACCUUGUUCUUGCAGAGAGGGAGUAAGGGUGGGGAAUACAAUGACACAGCACUGACCUAGGCAGAGGGAAAUUAGCGUGGGCUGGCAAAAGUGGCCAGGGUGGACAAAGAGCAAAGUUUGGUGGUGCUUUGCAGAAAUUAGUGAUAGCCUUUUGAUUACCAGCAGAGACAUAGGGCUGACCAACCAGGGUCUGAGGACAAACUUUUGAGCCUUGAGCUGGACUUCCUACCUGGCAGUAAAGUACUGCAGUCUUCCGUCUGGCAAUAACCCUAAAGCAAUAAUGAUGGCUCCUCUUCUACUGUAAGAACUUCCCAGGGAACUAUAAAUAAAAUCUCAGCUUGAUCCUCA